AUGGAUGAGCCGGAUGGUAGGUCCGGUGACCCGCCCCAUGGGGGUGGAUUGGUGCCAGCAACCAAGGACGGUGAUACAGGUAAUGGAAUAAUGCGCGAUGACCAGGUAGGCGGAGUGAAGAACUCGGUAACCCCUCGAGGGCGGGAUUUACGGUCGGCUGACGCGCACGAGUCAGGAAAGCCAGCGACAGGGUCCGGUGCCAAGAUACUACGGAAGCCGACCAAGGAGGGACGCAAAUUGGAAUAUGAGGAGGGGCAUGCUGGGUCGGCGGGAACCGUCUAUUGUGAGAGCGGUCAGCAAGAGAGCACAGCAAGGUCGCAGGAAGAAGAGGGCGCAGCUGAAAAUUGCUCCAGUAAUAGAGCGCACUCGGUGCCGCAACCAUUGGGACCAGAGGAACUGUACUCAAGCCUAGUUCACGAAAUUAAGGAGGCGCCUGAUGCGGCAUUACGGGAGGCAUGGCAAGUAACGGUGGCAUACCUCUUUUCGGAUGUCUACAAUUCGAUACCGGCGCGACGGGAGCGACUUUCGCCACAGAAGGUCCGGUACCCGAAACUGAAGCAAGCGGAACGACGGCUUCUCACAUCCUUUUUUGAGGAGGCGUGUGUUAAAGCCAACUGCUCCUAUCAGCAGUGGGAACAGUAUGCGACAAGCAUAAGCACGGACUUACUCAACACAGCGUGGAUGUUAACGACCAUCUUGGAAAGGAUGCUGAGCAAGUUGCGCUGGUCCCAGCAGCCAGCCUUAAGUUAA